AUGUCUGGAUAUGACAAAGACCGUCAUUUCACGGUGCAAGCCCAUGAUCCAGCACCCGCAAUCUCCCCCGACUCUCCUGCAGAAACAGAGAAGCUUUUAUUGGACUUCCUGUUGCAGUUUCGCUUGGGUGGAGAAUUCAUAUAUCGGGACAAAUUGAGGGCAAAUCUUCUCAUGAGACAAUUGGUUCUCGAAGUCGACCUCAAGCAUAUCAACCUCUACAACGAAGAGUUAGUUCAUGUAAUCCAGAACACGCCCUCAGAAACGCUUCCCCUGCUUGAAAACGCAGCAACAAAAGCGGCUCGAUCCAUUCUUUUCCCUCUGGUCGGUGUUGUGGGCGGGGAAUCUAUGAGAAGGCAAACAAUGGAUGAGGCUGUCGCGGCCAUUCCCAAUAUACAAAUCAGCCUUCGCUCUGGACUUUCACUGCUUCAAUUCCGCGAUUUGACAGCCAAUACUAUGAACAAACUCGUCCGAAUACCUGGAAUCGUCAUCUCUGCUUCAGUCCUUUCGUCUCGUGCCACGAAACUUCACCUACAAUGUCGUUCAUGCCGCACGCCGAAAGAGAUAUAUCCUGCUGGUGGAAUGGGCGGGGUCGGUGGUGGCUCAGAUCGCGGACUUCCUCGCCAAUGUGAUUCACAAGCACCUGCUGGACAGAAGAAAGACUGUCCACUCGACCCAUACCUCAUCGUCCACUCCAAGUCGACCUUCGCGGAUCAACAAACGCUCAAACUCCAAGAGGCUCCAGAUAUGGUUCCCGUCGGAGAGCUACCCAGACAUAUGUUGCUUUCAGUCGAUCGGAAUUUAACGGGAAAGGUGGUACCUGGCUCGCGAAUAAUCGCGACCGGCAUUUACUCGACAUUCCAAUCAGCAAAGAAGAAGAAUGCGGGUGCCACGGCUCUGCGCCAACCGUACCUUCGUGUAGUUCAUCUUGAGUUAUCCUCAGGACCCACGAGUUCCUCCUCGAAUCCUUUUGGUCUCCAGUUUACACCAGAAGAGGAGGAAGAAUUCGGAGCGAUGGCCCGAAGCGAAGGAUUCUACGAGCGCUUCGCCCGUAGCGUCGCUCCAAGUAUCUUCGGCAGUCUGGAUAUCAAGAAAGCAAUUGCUUGCCUUUUAUUCGGUGGCUCAAAGAAAGUACUUCCUGAUGGUAUGCGACUGAGAGGCGACAUCAACGUUCUUCUCCUUGGCGAUCCUGGGACGGCCAAAAGUCAGCUUCUCAAAUUUGUUGAAAAGGUUGCACCAAUUGCGGUUUACACCUCUGGGAAAGGAUCUAGUGCGGCUGGUUUGACUGCAUCUGUCCAACGCGACACUGUUUCUCGUGAAUUCUACCUGGAGGGCGGUGCGAUGGUACUUGCUGACACGGGCGUCGUCUGCAUUGACGAGUUCGACAAAAUGCGGGAUGAGGACCGAGUCGCAAUUCACGAAGCGAUGGAACAACAAACAAUCUCGAUAGCGAAAGCAGGGAUUACCACCGUACUCAACUCAAGGACAAGUGUUCUGGCUGCGGCUAACCCCGUUUUUGGUCGGUAUGAUGAAGGUCGUAGUCCAGGCGAGAAUAUCGACUUUCAAACCACAAUCUUGUCUCGAUUUGAUAUGAUUUUCAUUGUCAAAGACGAGCACAAUGAACAACGGGACAAGAUGAUAGCUCGACACGUUAUGAACAUUCAGAUGAACCGACCAGAAGAUAAUGCCGAUCAAGUCGUUGGGGAACUAAGUUUAGAUGUCAUGAAGCGGUAUAUUGCCUACUGCAAGAGCAAAUGCGCACCACGACUGUCCUCCGAAGCCCAAGAGAUGCUGAGCAGUCACUUUGUUAGCUUGCGUAAACAAGUGCAGCAAGUCGAGCGGGAUAAUGAUGAGCGCAGUUCUAUUCCUAUUACCAUCCGACAACUAGAAGCCAUCAUUCGGAUAUCAGAAUCGCUGGCAAAGAUGACACUCUCGACCACCGUCCAAAAUCAUCAUGUAGAGGAGGCUAUUCGUCUGUUCAAAUUCUCCACGAUGGAUGCUGUUUCGGCUGGUUCGGCAGACGGCCUAACUCGAGGGGAACUCAACGACGAAAUGGUCAAAAUUGAACGCGAACUACGCCGGCGACUGCCUGUCGGAUGGAGCACAAGCUAUCAGAGUCUCGUGCGGGAGUUUGUGACACAACAAGGCUAUUCAAGCCACGCCUUAGAGCGGACCUUGUUUGUGAUGGAGAAGAGUGAAGUCAUACGAUUUACCGGCCAGAAAAAAGUCGUUCAUAGAGUUGGUGUCUGA